AUGGAAGAAAUCAGAGAAAGAAGAGAUCGCGUCGUGCAAAGCAUUAAGUUAGUCUCCCAUUUCGAUGGAGACAGAAAUUACCUAUCGCUCUUCAUUGGCAGUAUUGACAACAUCAUUCCGCCAUUCACUUCUCUUACAAAUGAAGAGAAGCCCUUCUACUUCCAGUGUAUAGUAAGCACACUACGUGGAGCAGCUUUGGAUGUAAUAAGGAGAGAACAACCAUCUGAUUGGCUUACACUACGCGAGUUAUUAAUUAGUGAAUUUACUGCAAAUAAAUCCCUUUCCCAACCAAAUGUUAAAGACUUUUUCGAACAAGUUGAAAGCAUUUCUACUAAAGACAGCACUAGGUCUAAAAAAAUCACUGAAGCAAUUGUCAAUUUCAUUAUAAUGGACAAUAAGCCAUUUUACGCGGUGGAGGGAAAGGGAUUUUUACAACUUAUGAAAGGACUGGUUCCACUCUAUAAAGUUCCCAGCAGGGAGACUGUUAAAUUGCGCGUGGAUGAAAAAUAUGAAGCGUUGUCAUGUGCUUUUAAAGAAUAUAUUCGUAAAAGUGACACUUAUUGUCUAACUUAUGAUAUAUGGACGGAGCAAAUGAAAAACGAAUCGUUCAUGGGAGUAACAAUUCAUUUUUUAGACAAUUUGCAUCUGUUAAGUGGAACUUUAGGCCUUAUUGAGCUUCGCGAAAGUCACACAGCUGCUUAUUUAGGAGAAAAGUUGUCGCGACUUUUUAUAGAGUGGAACGUGGUCACAGAUAAAGUUUCUGCUUGCAUAACAGAUAACGACAGUACAAUGAUGAAAAUAAAUCGGAAUUUAUUCGGCGACAAUAAAAUAAUACCUUGUUUCGCACAUACUAUAAAUUUGGUUGUCACUCAAGCCAUUGACAAGUCUACGAAAGUGUCACCAUUGAUUAGUAAGGUGCGCGACAUUGUUAUGUUUAUCACGAGGAGCGUUAAUGCUAGUGAUGAUUUGCGAGAGAAACAGAUGGAAGCUGGAACGUCUGAAGGUACAACAAAAAAGAUGAUUCUGGACGUCAAAACAAGAUGGAACUCUUGUUUUUACAUGUUGGAGAGGUUUGUUCAGUUAUCUUCUUUUUUGAGCGAAGUACUUCUCACUCGCCCGGAAGCACCUUCCAUGGUUAAUGGCUCUAAGCUGAAUAAUAUCAAAGAGGUAAUUGAGUUACUAAAAUCUUUUGAAACUGUUACCAGGGAGAUUUCUGCGGACUCCUAUGUUACUGUUAGCAAGAUAAUACCCCUGAACAAGAAACACACACAGACUGGUUUGUCAUCAAUAGAAAAUGAAGAACAUGAGGACACUACUUUCGAAGACAAUACACCUGGCGCAAAAAAAGCCAAAACAGAAUUUGGUAAAAAAGAAAAACAAGAGUUGCUUAAGAAAGCAGUCAAAGCUUUAGAAGAUUCGACGCGGCCCAAUGACGAUGCGAGUACCUUCAGUUCGACUUGGGAAGUCCUCUUCAGGAAACUUGACCCUACUCAACAAUUAUUUGCGAAUAAAACCAUUAUGGAGGUGUUGUACCAAGGAACUUUUGGCCAGUUGAACGAAAACUCCCAUCAAUUGUUCAACGUACAAAACACAAGAUGUUCAUCAAGACCUCUUUCUUAUAGCGACAACUCGUCCACAUGUUUUGAUAAACGAACAAUGCAAAAUCGUUCAUCAACACCUUUUUCUUAUAGCGACAACUCGUCCACAUGUUUUGUUGCAAGAACAGUGCAAAAUCGUCCGGAAUACAUAAUUUCUCCCCCACUUUCGAUUCCAACGCAAUUGAUAUCUACUCCUGCAUCUCAAGUUCAGUACACCAGAUUUCAUAGCACAGUUCAGCCACAGCAAUAUCAACAAAUUUCCAGCAUCAAUAUACAACCACAGGAAACCAUAAAUACUCAACAAUACGGAAACAACACAGAAUAUCGGACAUUUUCGGACUUGCUAAACGACUCUGAAUAUUCUUAA